UGUAGGUUUAUGUUGUGAUGGAUAGGGAUGAAUGAUAGGUGUUUGGAAGAUGUAGAGGUGCCACCACGAUUACGCUAUUUUUAUGUGGUGGUGCACUCUAUUGUAAUUAGUUAAUAAAAUUGAAGAGGGUCCAGUAGUUGCAAAGAAUAUAUCACAGUUUGACCAUUUUGAGUUCCUCUUGUUUUGAUAUAAUGGUUGAUCGAGUUCCAUUUGUAGUGGAAAGUAUAUAUCAAGUAGAGGGUCUUACACCUGGAACACCAAUCUUCAUCACAAAAUUUGUACCUGCUGAAGUUCAAACACCAUGCUUGGGAGCAGCUGCACUUCUACCUCCUAACCCAACGGCUGGUCCUCCUGCACUUAAGACUGUUUUCCCUGGAAAUGUUUCACUGGCACGUUCUGUCACACCUCUGCUGUUGAGCAGUGCUGGACCACAGAAGUUUGCGCAAGUUCCUGCUGUUACUUCAUCUGGUACUGUUCAGGCACCCAGUGUUAACAGUGGCAAUUUCUUCCCUUCUGCCUUGCAACAGGAACAGAGCAAACCAUUAAUGGUAACCAAUACUGUAGGUCCAGAUGCAUUUGCUCAACAAUUUACUUGUCCAGUUCGCCCAUCACUUAGCAUUGCACCAGUGAGAUAUCAACAGGUGAUGACUCCUUCAUCUACUCCAAUGAAUGAUGUCAAUGCAGAGUUCCUUAGUCAUAUUGUUGGCUUAGUGUCAGCUGUACCUCGUGCACCUCGUGCCAUUCAGCAGGUCUGCAUAGGGCCAUCUUUACCUCAGGGCAACAUUGCUGUACCCCCUCCACCACAGUCUCCAAGCAUAACUUCAUCUGUGAACCUUCAACCAAAUUUGCAGCAGGUUCGCGUUGCAACUCCGCCUGUCGGCACGGGGGCAGACCGACCUGCUGUAGUCAUUAAUGUUCCUGCGCCUGGCCACCCUCAGUUCAGCAACAGCAUUUCAUCUGCAGGAUUCACGACUACAUUCCAGCAGAACCGCAGUGUUAUUCCAUUACCCUUCACGAGUUCUGAUACUGAAAGGUUUACACAGUUUACUAACACCGUUCCACCAGGAUCUAUUGCAAAUGUUCCAACAUCUCUUGCUGUUAGCCUUCAACAGCAGAGCAGCGCAAUGGCUAUGCAACCAGUGUUAUAUCCAUCUUUUACUGCCCCUGUGAGUGAGACUGGUAUUGCAAUUGUUGCCACUAGUGCUACUUCUGGAGAAAUAACAGAAAUUAUUGAAGCUCCCGAUUCACCUUCAAUUGACAGUUCUCACCAAGAAGAGCCCUGUGAUGUGGAAAUGGAAAUGCAGGCCGAUUUAACCCCAGAAACUGUAAGCACUACAAGUCAGACGAAUUCCUGUGAAGAAAAUGAUGAACUUUACGAAGAAAGGCAUCACAGUGAUACAAACAGUCUAAGUAUUUCAAGCAAAAGCAGCCAGGCUACAUGUGAUGCAAGUACAUUUAAUCAAGAUGACGAAGUAAUAUACAAGGGAAAGUCUCCUGAAGAUGCUCUAGAUGACAUCACUGACACUUCUUCUUCUGUGGUUGUAAGUAAUGACGACACUGUUGAAUGCAGUAAUCCAGAAAAGUCAGUUCAGAUUUGUGAGAGGACAGAGCAAGAUGUGUCUUGCACAACUGUGCUUCCAGUACCAGAGCAGUCAGUAGUUAAUAGCAACACAGAAGAUAAAUGUAUAGAGACAUCUGACAUAGAAGAAUCUGGAAGGAAAGCUAUUGAAGCUUACCUAAAUAAGCAAGAUAUGGGACCUUUCCAGUGUGAAGAUUGUGGAAAGCUGUAUUCACAGCGUAUGGACUUGGAGCGCCACAUGUGGAAGCAUACGGGUGAGAAGUUAACAGCUUAUUCAGAAUCCAAGAUGUCAUAUGAUACAUCACUUGCACCUAAUCAGAAGAGUUCAAAGUCCACAGAUAAGUGUUACUGCUGCAAAUGGUGUGGUGCAGCCUUCCGUCGCAUUGUCAGUCUCCGAAAACAUGUAGGAACCCACAGCAAACAUUUACAUACUUGUGAACAAUGCGGUAAAACAUUUGCAACUAAAGAAGAUCUAACCAACCACAUUCGGAAUCAUUCUGGAGCCAAAUCAUUGUUUUGUGGAGAAUGUGGAAGGGUAUUCAUGGAAAGAGCUAAACUGAAAAAUCAUAUCAAGGAACACCAGAAGCAGUGGCUGGGAAUAAUCACUAGGCUAGCACUUAACACCACAGACUCUUAAGGUUUACAUUUCAGGUACAUUUUGUGCAGGCUAGUUCUUGUGCUGAGCAAUUGCUGCUAAUUUCAUAUCUUUUUAAUAGUCACCCAACACAAACUUUUCAUUUCUCUUACAUCUCUUUCAUUUACCAGAAUAAUGUAUGACUAUUCAUUCUGCCUUUCUGCAUUAUUUAUCAAAUUGCACUGCAUAUAUUUUUAUGUUUUUGUAUUUAUAACCCUGAGGGUAUCAAUCCACUUACAAAUGACUGUCCAGUAUGUUCCAGAAGGCUAUGUCAUAAACCACUGGUGUUCCUUGGAGCAAAUAUUGUGAAUAAUUUGUAGUAAAUCCUAAAGGAUUACUGCCACUGAAUUAUUUGAGUGUAAGGAAAUAAAAAGAACAACAAAACUAGACAGCACUGUACUAAGGCUAUACCUUGUAUUUUAGCUUAUAACCAAUUGAACAAAAUGAGCUGUCAGUUCACAAAGGCUUGUAAGAAAGCAGACUUGGGAUACAGAGUUAUUGUCUAUUGUAAACCAUAAUGUGUGAUCUGUGUACCUUGAAUUUUACUCUUUAUUUUUCUUUAGCAUAGACUUUUCUUUCCCUCCGUAUGUUGAUGUUUGAGAGUGUAGCACAUUGACUUCAGAAUGGGGAGGCAAUGACACUACCUAGUAUUAAAUACUGCCACUUAUCCAUAAUACUAUAGCAGGAGGAUGAGAGGAGUUUUGCGUAAGUAACAGAAAUUGGUAUGCAGUGGGGUAUUAUGACAUAUCAAAAGUGUGCCAAAACUUAUAUUUUUUGUUUUUAAGUCCAGUGUUUGACAAGCAUCUAGCAAAUGCUUUCAAAACUGCAUUAUCUGCUGAUUGGUUUGUCAGAUAUGCCAGAGGAAGUUAGAGAGUUGAUUCAGAACUGCCAAAGAUAGAAUGAUUUAAGAAAUAUUUACAUAUUGUGCUGUUGUAUUUUUCCACACAAUGUCCACUAAGGGGCUCUUCCCCUCAAAUUGCGUGUGGCUCAAGGUCGCAUGUUCUGUAGAGUGCAUUGCCUUGCAGAACUUGAACACUAAUUGUGUAUCUUGCAAUGGAUUUAUAAAUUUGGUUUUGAACUGUUUAUGUGAAGAAGAAAUUCCAUCCCUCUCCCCACACCACUGCUGUAAGAUGCAUUUGUCUGAAAAUCUUUCACUAGAAUUUAGGUAUGGUACAUGGGGGGGG